AUGUCCCAGGAAUCAGUCAGCUAUCUGUUCUACCAAUACAAGCCUCAGUUAUGGCUUGCAAUUUAUUUCACUGUGAUUUUCCUGAUCCUUGCAAUUGUUGAAACUUAUUUUGUUGUUUCCAAAUACGUAAAGUUUACUGGUCGGAUCAGGGCAAAGAAGUUAAAAAGGUAUUGCAAUGUGAUGGUUCCGCUUAUUGUAGGGAUCGUUUUAGAAAUUAUUGGAUUCGCCGCCAGGGCUGCUUCUUGCAAAAAUCCGGAAUCACUCAUGCCCUACGUGAUACAGUCGGUCUUCAUUUUGAUUGGACCCACACUCAUUUUGGCAAGCACUUACAUGAUAUUUUGUGAAUUAGUUACAAGCCUUGACGCUGAAGCAUACUCAAAGGUGCCUUUACGCUAUCUUUCUAAAGUUUUUGUCACUGGAGACAUAGUCACACUUUUUGUACAAGCUGGUGGUGGUGGUUUACAGGUUGCCCAAUCUGACAGCUUACAGAAAAUUGCUAAAGCCUUGGUCAUCACAGGAGUGGUUGUCCAAUUUCUCUUCUUUGCCGGGUUUUGUUGGGUGCUUUUAAGAUUUGCCAUGAAAAUUUGGUCAAACCCUACAAAAGUUGCAAGUACGUUGGAAAGAUCGUUCCCAAUGAUAGGAAAUUGGAAACAUGCAUUGAUGGUGUUGGUCUUUGGCAUCGUUUCCAUCUCCAUAGUAAUCUUUUACUUGGUUCGAAGAUCAAAUAGAACUACCGAAGAUGAAUUAAGAAGAGAAGAAGAAAACCAAGCAUACCUUGAGUUGAACAGUGAUGAACAAGAGUUGUUUUUCCAAUCAAGAGAGUUUCUCGAACUGAAUCCAUACUAUAUUGGUGAUUUAACCUUGAGCCAGAACUUGUCUAUUCAGGAAAAGGGAAUCAAUGCAUAUGAAUUCGCCAAGGAUCAAAUGUUGACCAAUAACGAUUUGUUAAUCGUUAACAAGACGGAGUUGAAUUUUUUCAAAAAUUUUGAAUGUUCAUGCCAAACUAAUCUACCCAUACCCAUGAGAAAUGAAGUGUACUACUACGAAGCAAAGAUAUAUUCAUUACCUGAAACGUCAGCUUCUGAAGAGUCUGAUGCAAAUGACACUUUAAUAUCCAUUGGUCUUGGAAUCAAGCCUUACCCGUGGUUUAGACUACCCGGACGCCACCCUCAUUCAGUAAGUUAUGAUUCAGAUGGCUACAGAAGACACAAUCAGCCAUUCCACUUAACUUCAGAACCACCAUUUCCCAAAUUGGUCAAAGGCGAUGUGAUUGGAGUUGGUUAUAGAACCAGAUCAGGAACAAUCUUUUUCACUCGCAAUGGUAAAAAAAUCAGUGAAUCAAAACUAGGUGGCCAUAUCAAGAACUUCAAGCCUCCACGCAAUGGACAAAUUUUCCCCACUAUUGGAGCCAAUAACAUUUGUUCAGUUCAUGUCAAUCUUGGACAACGUGGAUUUGUGUUUAUUGAAGCAAACGUCAAAAACUGGAAAUACGCACCCUUGGAAGGAAAUGGACCGGCACCGCCAGCAUAUAACAAAUUCAAUGCCGAUAUCCUAUUGCAGAGAUCAGAAAUUGAUGAAGAGGAAGAUGACAGAGCGAAUGAUUUCCCACCGGAUUUUUGGGCCACGGUUUCCAGGAAUAAACGUGAAGGAGGCAAUAAGAGUCGUGUAGAAGGGGCUGUAUACGAUGCCGAGGGGGACGAGGACGAUGACGAUGAUGAUGAUGGUCAUUUCACAUAUGACGCUUAUUCAGAAGUUAAUUCUGAUGAUGAACAAAUAACGUUGAAUAGUUUGCCUCCACCCUAUGUACAUGGAGAAGAAGAAUAA